AUGAGCGCCUCCGCAGAACAGAUAAAACGAUUGAAUUUGGAAAAAGCUACGAAUUUUAUGCGCCAGUACAGAGAUCCGGACUCUAGGGAGCUUAAAAAGCUUUCGGCCAAUCAGUUUAUGGAAGUUUGGAGUCAUUACGAUAAGGACGGAAAUGGUUACAUUGAAGGAACAGAGCUGGAUGGUUUUUUGCGAGAAUUCGUUUCCAGUGCAAACAUAACCGACAUCGGACCCGAAGCAGUUUCCGAUGACAUGUUAAUAGAAUUAAAAGCUUGUUUUAUGGAAGCUUAUGAUGAUAAUCAAGAUGGCAAAAUUGAUAUUAGAGAGAUAUGGAGGGAAUACGAUACGGACGGUAGCGGAUACAUCGAGGCUGAUGAGUUGAAGAAUUUUCUGCGGGAUUUGCUCAAGGAAGCUAAAAAAAUAAACGACGUCUCUGAGGACAAACUUAUUGAAUACACAGACACUAUGCUUCAAGUUUUCGAUUCCAAUAAAGACGGACGCUUACAACUUUCAGAAAUGGCAAAACUUUUGCCGGUUAAAGAAAACUUUUUAUGCAGGCAGGUGUUCAAGGGCGCUACUAAGCUUACAAAGGACGACAUCGAAAGGGUAUUUGCUUUGUACGAUAGGGACAACAAUGGAACAAUCGAAAAUGAAGAAUUAAGAGGCUUCCUAAAGGAUUUACUGGAAUUAGUUAAGAAAGGCUGCCAAGGUCUGUCGCUUGUGCACAUAAAUGCGAAACAUUCAAAAUUCCCAAAGAAAGAAGUCUGGAGAAAUCAAAUCAGGCGAGCAACAAUGGACACGAUAUUUCUCGGUUGCUUAAUUUCUCAUUUUGGUGAUUUGCUGACUGCUCCAGAAUUCUUAAUUCUUAAGGUUAUUUGA